AUGAGGAUCCUGAUCUUAAUUCUGGCUUGUCUGGCGAUUGCCAACGCAGCCUCCUAUGUUCAACAUCCAUGUGGUUACACUAAAUAUUCCAUCAGAAGAUUCUACGUCUUCCCUACUUCGGCAUGUCUCAAGUUUCGUGUUCAUUUUUCCAGCUCCUGGUUCACUACUAAAUAUUAUUCUUCCGUGAUGAGUUCUUAUCCUGGAACUAAAUGUGGAACAGAUGAUUUUCAAGAAAUGACCAAAAUCGAAUUCAAGACCAAUCUUGAGAAGAAGCUGAAGUCAAAGGCAGAUGCAAUAUUGAAGGAGAUGAACGAACAUUACGAUACUUGGCUUGUUGAUUUCAACUUGAGAAUGGAGAGUUGCAAGACUAAAUUUGCCGAUAGAGUCAAUGAAUAUACAAAAGAAUUUUUGAAAUACGUCACUGAGGAGCGCAGAGCAGCUGUUUCGGAGAAAAAGGAUAAAGCUGUAUUCACAUUCACAGCAAAAAUCGACAAAAUGGCUUCUACCACCACUACUAAAUAUAAAUCUGCAAUUCAGAUGAGACACAAUAAGUUGAUUGUAUUCCAUGGAAAGAUCGUCAAUGCAGCACUGAAAUGCUUCCAAACUCGAUCUAAGAAAAUUGGUCAAUUCAAGAAAGCACUUACCGGACGGAUCGAAGAGUAUUUUGCUCAUUUCAAGAAAGUUAUGAGUAAACUCAACGAGAAAAAGGUUAAAGUUUAUCGCUGUCUUCUAUAUAAGAUCCAUGGAUCAAAAACUUGGGAAAAAGAAAUUGUCGACGCUGUUGUGAAUGAAUAUAAAACCAAAUUAACAAACAAACUUGAUGUCACUUUUAAUUCCUACGCGGACAAAAUUAACGGUUUCAAAGAUGUGAUAGUUCAAAGAUACGCAUGCUCUUAUCAAUGCACAACAUACACUGGAUGCUUGAACUUUUUCAAGAAGAAGUAUUAUAAUUCAUGCAAAAAACUUGGAACAUGGUGGACUUUCCGAUACACAAAGAAAAUUCGUUGCUUCAAGUUUGCUAAUUAUAGAUAUUAUGCCUGGAGGAAGCCUGAAUUCAAGAAAUUGAAAACUUGCAAUAUCGAAACUGUGAACAAAUCUACCGCCGAAUUCGAGGUCGAUUUGACCAAGAAAGUGAAAACUGCAGUCAGCGCUGCAAAAGAAGCAUACAAGACAUGGGAAUUGAAAUGGACGGGACUUCAUAAGAAAUAUUAUGAAAAAUAUCAAACGAUUGUUACAAAGAGACAUAUGUGGCUGAUUAAGGCUUUGGAAGCAACAUACUACGUCAGGUAUAAAGUUAGAAUUUACAUUGCACCACAAGUUGUACUUCAUCUAUAUUUUUGUAUUUUCGAUUGA